AUGGUAAGUCUAUCAAGAACACCAAUAUACUACAAUACUGAGGCAUUUGUGCAGGUUGUCCUUGCGGCUUCGAUCUGCACUCGCGGGGGAAAGGCCGUACUCUCGCGCCAGUUUCGAGAGAUUGCCAGAUCACGAGUCGAAGCUCUGUUGGCUUCCUUUCCUAAGCUCGCCGUUUCCGGCACCCAGCACACAACGGUCGAACAAGACAAUGUGCGAUUCGUCUACCAGCCUCUGGAUGAGCUCUACAUGGUCCUGAUCACAAAUCGCCAAUCGAAUAUACUACAAGAUAUAGACAGUCUGCAUCUCUUCGCGCAGGUCGUCACGAGCAUCUGCAAGAAAUUGGAUGAGCGAGAGAUAUCCCGCAAUGCCUUCGAAUUGCUCAGCGCCUUCGACGAACUCGUCACUCUGGGCUACCGCGAGAAUCUGUCCCUUACUCAGAUCAAGACGUUUCUAGAGAUGGAGUCCCACGAGGAACGGAUACAAGAGAUAAUAGCUCGGAACAAAGAGCUCGAAGUGUCAGAAGAACGGAAACGUAAGGCCAAGCAGCUUGAGAUGCAGCGUAAAGAGGCGGCUCGAUCAGCAGCAUUUGGUCGCGGUGUGGCACCGAAAGUUCCUCAAUACCCUACGCAUGAACCUCCUUCCAGACCCACAGUGAGAGAAACCCACGGUAGCUAUGAAGCCGAGAAAAACAAGACACUUAACAAGCCCCUGGCUACAAGAGGAAAGGGCAUGCAGCUUGGCAAGAAGACCAAAACGACCCCGUUUCAAGAAGUUUCGGAGGCUGCUCAGCCUUAG